CUUCUGAGAACGAUGAGCUUCCGCACUCCCGUGCCUUGCUUGACGCGCGCACUGGAGAAGGAACCAGAAUCAUCAGCAUUCCCAUUUAUGAACUUUCGAGCUGGCAGUAGAAAAGACGAGCCCAAGAAAGCUCCGGCCAGAUCAUCCUCUAGUUGGAUCUCAACUUUCUUCAAGGUAGCCAGAACUUGAAGAAGCCACGAGUGAUUUCAGUUCCUCUAGAGUACUCGGAGAUGGAGAUUUUGGAACUGUUUACUAUGGUGAGUAAUUUCCUAAUCCUACUGAGAUAUACAUCAACUAUUUCUUAAUGUGCCUAAUUCUUGUUCAUAAAUGACGAGGAAAACUUAAGGAUGGAAGAGAGGUUGCUGUAAAAGCGCCUCUACGAGCACAACUGCAAGCGAAUGGAGCAGUUUUUAAAUGAAGUUGAGAUCCUUACAAGACUUGGGCACAUUAAUCUCGUCACUCUCUAUGGCUGCAGUUCAAGGUGCAGCCGUGAACUACUAGUCUACGAAUACAUUCCAAAUGGAACUCUUGCUGACCACCUCUACGGUGACAGAGCGAAGGAUCGAUCACUCACGUUGUUGCUCAGACUCUUCAAGAAUGUCAAUGGUUGUGUAUCGGAUUCUUCAAAAGUAGUGCAUCUAAAGUGAAGAGUUUGAGCAACUUAUGUUGAAGGCCGGAUCAUGCUCGAAGAACAUCGAAGAAGAAUAUUCUAAGCAGCAGAUUAUUACUACAUGGUAAAAGGAAUGGAAGAUGCUUUGAAGAGAAAGAAGACGCUUAAUUUUUUCAAAAUAUAGUGAAUCUAUCGGCACUAUAGCUAUGGUAUUCAACUUUGGACCUAACGGCCGGUGUAGUAACAUUUUGGAAUGUAAGGAUUAUAAGUGUAUUCAAAAUUUGUAUGGAACUGUUUGUGUGGAACAUAUUUUAUAUGACAAGUUCAUGAAGUUAAAAUUA